UCAAACGUACGUACCAAGUUUGGGUUUAGGGUUUACCAAUAUAGACAAUGGGGUUGUUCAGUGGAUGAGACAGAAAAUAAAACAGAGAAAUUGUGUAUCGGUGCUGUCUGAUGUAAUCUUAAAAGAAAUCACAGGUCAGCAAUUAGAAAUUUAAGUUUCACCACAAACCUAUUAUUGGAAUGCUUUUGAUGCAAAGCCUCUCUUUACCAUUCAUCUUUUUUUUUUUUUCUCUGCUGUGUCAAUCCAACUCAAGCUGUAACACCACAUUGUCCCCUUCUCAAAGGUUUCCUCAAGAGCGCGCGCCUCAUGCAUCCCAUGCAGGUGCGCUGUCUCAGCCUUUACAUCAUUAUGGUACCACUAGUGUGUCUCCUCCUUCUCUUCUCCACAGCCACUCAUGGUCUUUCGGAUUCCGAGGCUAUCCUCAACAUCAAGAAAUCUUUAGUCGUUGGGCAGGCAAAAGCGUUGGCCUCCUGGGAUGCUAAAACUCCUCCCUGCACUUGGCCUGGUGUCUUGUGCAAUAGCGGCUCCGUCUGGGGACUGCAGAUAGAGAAUUUGGAGCUUUCUGGUUCUAUAGACAUUGAGGCAUUGUCGGGUUUGACAUCCUUGAGGACUCUAAGCUUCAGGAACAACAAGUUCGGAGGGCCAUUCCCUGAGUUCAAGAAACUCGCUGCUCUCAAGUCACUUUACCUCUCUAACAAUCAAUUCGAAGGAGAUAUACCAGAUAAUGCUUUUGAAGGUAUGGCGUGGUUGAAGAAGGUCCAUUUGGCACAAAACAAGUUUACCGGUCAAAUCCCGACAUCUGUGACCAAAUUGCCCAAGCUUUUAGAACUGAGACUUGACGGGAACCAAUUCACUGGACAAAUACCAGAGUUUGGACAUGAGCUGCACUUGAUAAACCUUUCAAACAAUGCAUUAACAGGUCCAAUCCCUGAGAGUCUCAGCAUGAUGGAUCCAAAGGUGUUUGAAGGUAACAAAGGCUUAUGUGGAAAACCGCUGGAAACAGAAUGUGAUUCUCCUUUUAAAGAACUUCCUCCACAACCUGCAAUACGACCCAAAUCAUCAUCAAGGGACCCUCUCGUUAUAAAGAUAAUAGUCACGGUUCUGGCAAUACUCAUAUUUCUUGGAGUGAUCAUCGUGCUAAUUAACCGCAACUAUAGGAAUAAACAACUGACUUUAGCGGUAGAAACCGGACCAUCAAGUCUACAAAAGAAAACUGGCAUCCGAGAUGCGGACCAAAGACGUAGAGGACGACAUAAAUCUGAUCAUCGCAAUGGGUCAGCUACAGCAACUGGAGUGGAGAACACGAAGCUUUCAUUCUUGAGGGAAGAUAGGGAAAAAUUUGACCUGCAAGAUCUGUUGAAGGCUUCGGCUGAGAUACUUGGGAGUGGAUGUUUUGGAGCAUCCUAUAAAGCAGUGCUAUCAAGCGGACAAUUGAUGGUCGUGAAGAGGUUCAAGCAGAUGAACAAUGCAGGGAGGGAUGAGUUUCAAGAGCACAUGAAAAGAUUAGGGAGGUUAAGGCACCAUAAUCUGCUUCCCAUUGUGGCUUAUUACUAUAGGAAGGAGGAGAAGUUAUUGGUAUGUGAUUUUGCUGAGAGAGGAAGCUUGGCUGUUAAUCUUCACAGUAAUCAAUCGUUAGGAAAUCCAAGUUUGGACUGGCCAACAAGAUUGAAGAUCGUGAAAGGAGUUGCAAGGGGGCUGUUAUAUCUCCAGCAUGAUCUACCUAGCCUAAUGGCUCCACAUGGUCAUCUCAAAUCCUCCAAUGUUCUCCUCACCAAAGCCUUUGAACCACUUCUCACAGACUAUGGCCUAAUUCCGUUGAUCAACCAAGAGAAGGCACAAGUGCACAUGGCAGCCUAUAGAUCCCCUGAGUAUUUGCAACACCAACGUAUCACCAAGAAAACCGAUGUAUGGCAGCUUGGCAUACUCAUCUUGGAGAUCCUAACCGGAAAAUUCCCAGCCAAUUUCUCGCAAGGUAGUGAAGAGGAUUUAGCGAGUUGGGUGAACUUGGGUUUCCAUGGGGAAUGGGCACCAAAUUUAUUUGAUAAGGAGAUGGGCAAGACAAGCCAUUGUGAAGGAAAGAUUCUCAAACUCUUGAGGAUCGGAUUGAGCUGCUGUGAACCAGACGUGGAGAAAAGGUUGGACAUAAUAGAGGCUGUGGAGAAGAUUGAGGAGUUGAGGGAGCAGGAAGGGGAUGAUGACGACUUCUAUUCAACGUAUGUGAGUGAAACUGAUGGGAGGUCAUCUAAAGGAGUGUCAAGCGAGAGCAUCAACUUGACAUGAGAAGAGACAAGAGUUUGCUCUUGUUCUGUAUAAAAACAAUGAGAGUUGAUGCAUGUGUGGACAUUUACCUGUGGAACUGAAGUAGAUGAACGCUUGAUCUCUUUUA